AUGCUUGGUCUUCUCUCGCUUUUCAUCACUCUUCUCCCAGUGCAAGCACUGCCUGCUUCAUCACAAAAGAUGCUGCCUCCGUAUUUUGUUCUCGCAGGUGACAGCACCACCGCAACCCAGUCGUCGAACGGAGGAGGCUGGGGAGAUGGAUUCUUGAAUACUACGCUUUUCAAGGGGGCAUCAGGCCAUAAUUACGGGCAUAAUGGCGCAACAACAGUCAGCUUCAGAGCUGGUGGUGAUUGGGAUAAAGUCCUAGCAACGGUCAAAAACGUCAGCCACGAGCACCAUCCAUUCGUUACCAUCCAGUUUGGACACAACGACCAGAAGGCUGCUGCAAACAUCUCGCUCGCCCAAUACACCGAGAACCUACAGCGCUUCGUGACAGAGACCGUUGAUGCUGGGGCUACGCCCAUUCUUGUCACGCCGUUGUCAAGGCGGAAUUAUGAGACUUCGUCGGGAGAACCUUCGAUCAUUCAAGAUCUCGCCAACCAGACUGCUGCGACUAUCACUGCGGCGCAUAACACUGGAGCCUCUUUCAUUGAUCUCAACCGAGCAAGUACUCAAUACCUGAAUGCCAUUGGGCCGACGGGUGCCUAUACCUACAAUUUGAUUUCUACAGAUCACACCCAUCUGAAUGUCGAGGGCAGCAUUGUGUUCGGCGGGGUAGUUGCCCAGUUGAUCCAACGGGACUUCCCUGCGUUGCAGGCGCAUAGCUUCGUUCGGGUCAAUGAGACGUUGAAAGAGGACGUUGCUCGAGGUAUCUACUACUGGCCUUGA